CUUUUUCCUCUGCUCUCUGAUGAUCCCUGAGCUGGAUUUUUGAAGGAUCUGUUUCUGUUCUGCUGGAUGAUCUGAAGGCUGCGCCGUUGCCAUGACGACAGACGAGGCGGAGAGCCACCAGAAAAAGCCGAAGCAGCAGGAGGAGGCCGGUCAGGACGCUCGGCCGCCCUCUCCGGAGGAGGGUGAGCAGCUCCGGCCCCGAAACCGUAACUCUGCGGGUCGAGGACUGUCCCGGCUCUUCUCAUCCUUCCUGAAGAGACGCUCGCAGUGCGACAGUGAGGGGGGAGAGAAGGAGGACAAGGAGGGGGAGGAGGAAGCAAAAGCCCCCAUUGCUGACCCUGAACCAGAGCUAAGGACGGAGGGAGAGGUGGCCCCGGACCAGCACUCCGUGAGCAGUGCUGAGGCUCAGGCUGUUCAGGUAGAGAAGAAGGAGGCGGGGGAGGAGGAGGAAGAGGAGGGAAAAGACAAAGACAAAGAGAAGGAGAAAGGAGAGGAGGCCACCCUGGAGAAGGAGGACAAAGAGAAGGAGGAGGAGGAGAAGAAGGAGGAGGAGGAUCCUGAAGGAGGCAGUAAAGAAGAAAAGGACGAGAAAGCUACAGGGGAGGAGACCAAAGCUCCCCGAGCUCCACGCCGACCCAAGACGAUGCAGAUCAAAGUGACCCUGCUGGAUGAUGCGCUCUUUGAGUGUGAGCUUGAUAAACACGCCAAAGGCCAGGAGCUCUUCAUGAGGGUGUGCGACCACCUCAACCUGCUGGAGAAGGAUUACUACGCCAUCGCCAUCUGGGAGACACCCACCAUGAAGACAUGGAUGGAUCUGACCAAAGAGAUCCGUAGGCAGGUACAAGGUGCCAACUAUAAUUUCACCUUCAAUGUAAAGUUUUACCCUCCUGACCCGGCCCAGCUCUCUGAGGACAUCACAAGGUACUAUCUGUGUCUCCAGCUGAGGAAGGACAUCCUGCAAGGUCGCCUUCCAUGCUCCUUCGUAACUCUGGCCCUUCUAGGAUCCUAUGCCUUGCAGUCAGAAAUCGGGGAAUAUGACCCUGAGGUACAUGGCACAGAGUAUGCUAAAGAGAUGAAGAUGGUCCAGGGUCAGACCAAGGAGCUGGAGGACAAGAUGAUGGAGCUGCACCAAACGUACAGGUCAAUGUCUCCAGCUCAGGCAGACAUGAUGUUCCUGGAAAAUGCCAAGAAAUUGUCCAUGUACGGUGUGGAUCUGCACCAGGCCAAGGAUCUGGACGGCGUGGACAUCAUGCUGGGCGUCUGCUCCAGCGGUCUGAUGGUUUACAAAGACAAGCUGAGGAUCAACCGUUUCCCCUGGCCCAAAGUGCUGAAGGUGUCCUACAAACGGAGCAGCUUCUUCAUCAAGAUCAGACCGUCUGAGGUGGAACAGUAUGAGAGUGCCAUUGGCUUUAAGCUGCCCAAUUACAAGGCGGCCAAGAAGCUGUGGAAAGUGUGCGUGGAACAUCACACCUUCUUCAGACUGACAUCAACAGAAAUGGCGACCACUCCGCGAAGGUUCCUGGCAUUGGGCUCAAAGUUUCGCUACAGUGGCCGGACUCAGGCUCAGACUAGACAGGCGAGCUCGCUGAUUGACAGACCGGCGCCGCUUUUCCAACGCACAUCCAGCAAGAGGAACUCCCGCAGCCUGGAUGGAGCCAUGGCAUCCACCCCUGACAAUAAGUCCACUCGUCCAGUCAGCGCUCCUGUGAUGUCACCAGUGUCACCCGGGGAGGCAACUCCAUCCCCGCUGCUCCCCGCCCUGCGCCGCUCCGACCACCACGAUGGCUCCACCCCCAAAGCACACCGCUGUGCAGACAGGAAGUCGGCCAAGAGGGCGGAGAGUCAGUCGACCGAGCACGCCAAGAGCCAGAGUCCACGACUGGAGAACACUCCAGAAAUCAAGAAAAGAGCAAAGAAACUUGAGGGGGAAACGAUUUAUAUCAGACAUAGCAAUUUAAUGUUGGAGGACCUGGAUAAGACCCAGACGGAGAUCAUGCGUCACCACACAAGCAUCAGUGAGUUGAAGAGGAGCUUCAUGGAGUCGGUACCCGAGCCUCGGCCCAGUGAGUGGGACAAACGUCUCUCCACCAACUCGCCUUUCCGCACGGCAAGCAUCAACGGGCAGCUGCAGCCCGCGUCUCCAGUGCUAAAGACUCAGACAAUCACCAUCUCAGACGUCACCAACUCGCUGAGAGAGAGCGUCAUCUACAAAGAUGUCCCCUUAGUCCACACUGAGACCAAGACCAUCACAUACGAGUCAGCACAGGUUUCUCUCCCACAGCCCGUGGACACGCCUGCAGAGAGGGACUCAGGAGUGCUGCUGAGUGCCCAGACCAUCACCUCAGAGACCAUCAGCACCACCACCACCACCCAGAUCACCAAGACGGUGAAAGGAGGAAUCUCUGAGACUCGCAUCGAGAAAAGAAUCGUCAUCACCGGAGACACUGAGAUCGAUCACGACAAGGCUCUGGCUCAGGCCAUCAGAGAAGCGAAGGAGCAACACCCUGACAUGUCUGUUACCAAAGUGGUGGUGCACCAGGAAACGGAGAUUUCCCCCGAGUAGGACGACGGAUCCUUUAAAGACCUCCCAGCAUCGCUUCUCCCUCCUUUCUUGUAUCUCCAUCACUCCAUUUUUUCCGCAGCGCCCCCCCACCCCACCCAUCACCCCGUCUUCACUGCCUCUACCUGAACCACCAGACCACAUCGCUCGCUCAGAGGGAACCGGCUUCAACUAUGAACUCAAACCCUCAGGAGAAGGAGACGACGGACCCUACCCACAAUCCCCUCUUGUUCCAGUAACUGCCAAAAAGAUCAACGCUGGACUGACAGAAAAAAAUAUUUUAUAACAGAGAAAAAUUAAAGUGCAGGAUUUAUUCCUCUCCAUUUUGUCUGGAGAUUUUAAAGAAAUUUUCAAAGGGCAUUUGGUCUUUUAAUCUUGAGAUUACUGGUACUUUAUUUUUCUACAGCUUUUCUUACCAUCAGAAUUGGUGAUCGAUAACUUUUUAAGCAAGUGUUUCAAGCAGCAUUGACAAAGGGAUUGUGGGUGAUUUUUCAUGGCAUCGGGACUGGAGGAUCCCUCUCAAAUUCUAGCGUGAGUUUGGUGUCAUUUCUUGUACAGUAAAUAUUUUAUUUUCCCUCUCAAUGUGAAAAAAUAUUUUUUCAAUUUAUGUAUAAAACAGAUUGAUUUUAUUGAACCUUUCACUUUCCUCAAAGUUAGACUUUCUGUUGUGUAAUUUUUCCAUCUUUUGGUUGUUUUUGUUGUCAUACUUGUGCUGGGGUUUUCCAAGGACGAGGGAUUUACUAAAACCAUCUUCUCUUCAUUUCUUCCCUCCUUUGUCUUCUUCUUUUUGUGUGUUUUAGAUCAGCGCAGCUCUUUGUAACAUCAGGGUUUUAUAUUGAGGGCACUAAGCAUGACAUCUUCAGUAUUUCUGCAUAUGUUUCACAUUUCUGCACAAUAGGCAGCGUGUACUCAAGCAGAGACAGGAAACUAGAUCUUAACAGAUGAAUAUGGAGUUUUUUUUCUUGCUUUAUUCAAGAGCUAAUUAAAAGUUUUGACGUAUA